CUACUUGAAUAAACCCUGCUUUCAACUCUCUCAUCUUUCUUCUCUUACUCUAAUAAUCAAUGGCUUCUCUCUCCAGAUUUAUUGGAAAAGAUUGUAAAUUGCAGUCACUUCACAGACCAAGUUAUGGGUUUUCUCCUACAAGGAAUCCCACCCAUUUGAGUAUAAGAAGUGGAUUUGGUGGACAUGAGACUGGAAGAUAUAAUUUGUUCAUUCAAAAUAAACACCAAAUUUCUCCAGUUCAAUCCUCAUUUAUUGGAAUCACUUCAUCGCGUAAUCCCAAAAUAUGUUGCGAGGCAGCGACGAAUGUGUCUGGAGACUUACCUAGCAGUGGAAUGAGCCAAUAUGAGAAAAUAAUUGAGACUUUGACCACACUUUUUCCUCUAUGGGUUAUAUUGGGUACAAUCAUUGGCAUCUAUAAGCCUUCUGCGGUCACUUGGUUGCAAACAGACCUCUUCACUCUGGGUUUGGGAUUUCUAAUGCUUUCAAUGGGUUUGACACUAACAUUUGAGGACUUUCGACGAUGUUUAAGGAACCCAUGGACUGUUGGUGUUGGAUUUCUGGCUCAGUAUUUCAUUAAACCAUUGUUAGGUUUCGCCAUAGCAAUGGUUCUGAAGUUGUCCGCCCCACUUGCUACUGGUCUUAUCUUGGUGUCAUGCUGUCCUGGAGGCCAAGCAUCUAAUGUGGCAACAUAUAUUUCAAAGGGGAAUGUAGCCCUUUCUGUUCUUAUGACUACGUGUUCAACUGUUGGAGCUAUUUUGAUGACACCUCUGCUUACUAAGCUUCUAGCUGGUCAGCUUGUCCCAGUUGAUGCUGCCGGUCUUGCUAUCAGCACCUUUCAGGUUGUGCUUGUGCCAACAAUUAUUGGAGUUCUAUCAAAUGAGUUCUUUCCUAAGUUUACCUCAAAAAUCAUCACCAUUACACCUCUAAUUGGAGUUAUUUUGACCACCCUUCUUUGUGCAAGUCCGAUCGGGCAAGUUGCAGAUGUGCUGAAAACUCAGGGAGCACAGUUACUUCUCCCAGUGGCGGCCUUGCAUGCUGCAGCAUUUUUUCUGGGUUACCGGAUUUCUAGAUUUUCAUUUGGUGAAUCGACAUCCAGAACCAUUUCCAUAGAAUGUGGAAUGCAGAGUUCUGCACUUGGAUUUCUACUUGCCCAGAAGCAUUUCACAAACCCUCUUGUUGCUGUACCUUCUGCUGUUAGUGUUGUCUGCAUGGCGCUUGGUGGAAGUGCUCUAGCUGUGUACUGGAGGAACCAACCAAUUCCUGUUGAUGACAAGGAUGAUUUUAAGGAGUAGAGCCUCCGCUGCUGCUGCUCCUUUACAUCAUCAUUAGUUUGUUAGAUGAAGUUAAAAGCUCAAUCUUGUCUGUCAUGCAAAGGCAUGGCUGGUAGUUGUUUGCAUUUAUUGGCUGCCUCUUUAAUUGAAGCUAAAUUUUGGACCUAAGAAAAGUUCUCCAGUUUAAUUUGUUAGAAGCAUUAGCAGAAAAGCGCCUUCCAAAAUGUUUCAAAUAAAUUUGUAUUGGGCAAGCAGUCCAGGGCAUUGUAAGCCAGUUUUAGAAGGCUGCUUGUAAUGCUUACCCCAAUGUAACAACCCGACCCUGAUUCUGCAUGAUUGUGAUUAGAAGCGUUUUGAGACUACGUAUGUUUGUACUAGUGGCACUUGGCCCGUGUUAAGUCCGGGCCCAAAACUAAGAUUAAAAGUUACAUUUGUAAUUA